UUUCUUGUUGUUUUCUUUUUGAUCACGUAAUUAUUGUUGUGGCAGAUCGGGAGCGCAACGAACCGACUUCCUUGAGGCGUGCAAACAAACUAAAAAACUCCUCAAAGUAAACAAAAACUUAAUCCCAAAAAUCCAGUUUCAGUUCAGCACAGUCAACGCCGACGUCAACGGCGACUGCAGCAGCGACGUUGCGUCGGCGAGCAGCGCCACGCAAAAUCGAAAAGAAGUCAAUAGCAACAACAUAAAAAGUCAAUUUCAUCAAUGGGCAAGCUGGCAACGCACUCCGUCCCUCCUCUGCUACGUUCCCUUCGAGUGUCACUUGCAGGCGUCGCCUUCACACAAACCUCCGACGCGCGAGCGAGAUGGGGCCGAUGCACCAGGCGCAAGAGCGAGACGUGGCUAGAGAUGACUGACUGUCAGGUACAAGUUUGUAGGUGCAUUUCAAAUGCAGCUACUGCGACGCUGACUGCGCUGCAGCGUCGCAACGUCAACACGAACCACACGAAAUUAGUCAAUUUCAUGUUCAACAGCGAGCUACUUGCUCCGAAAACGGUAGGCACUUGAGUGCCUGGGCCAGUGUGAAAGUAAUACGCUCGCCGAGUCUCGAGUUGGGUCAACUACGCUCACUUUGUGGGCACUGCCGGGUCCAGCCCAUUGUGUCACCAGAUCAUUAAACUGUAGCUGUGUGUUGCGGGGCGUGUGUUUGUGCUCAAAUAAUACAGACCUGCCUUAUAGGACACAGAUCGAAGGAUCGAAUGGUAAGAUUUAAUUAAUUGACGUCUGUUUGCGUUGCGCCUAAUGAGGGUCUAUUAAUUGUGAAGACCCUAAUUACAAAGGAUAUUUGGGGUAGGAGCAAAUUUAGAGAAAGUAUUUCUUGUUUAUUUAACCAAAAUAAUGUACAUUAAAAAAUUAAAUGUCCAGC